GGAAUUAAGGGAAAUGCCCGCCCAACGUGUUCCUUUAUCACCCUCACAAAAAUCUUUUCCCUCCCCAAUUGCACUGUCUCCCCUCCUCUCUGCAAAUCACUCCACACUCACACUUCAAUGGGCGGGACACUUGUUCCCACCGCAACUAAAUCCGAGCCGCCAUCACCACCGCCGCCGAUGGAAAGCACCGCGCCUUCUAUUCCUCCUCCUCCUCCGAUGCCGCCGUCAUUGAUGGAGGAAGAGCCUUCUGAAGCUGACAUUGAUAAGGAUGUGCUAUGUCCGAUAUGCAUGCAGAUUAUCAAAGACGCUUUUAUGACAGCUUGUGGUCAUAGCUUUUGUUAUAUGUGUAUUUUGACUCAUCUUCGAAAUAAGAGCGAUUGUCCUUGUUGUUCUCGUUAUCUCACUAAUAAUCAUAUCUUCCCUAAUUUAUUGCUUAAUAAGUUAUUGAAGAAAAUCUCUGCUCGUCAAUCAGCAAGGAAUGCCUCUCCGGUAGAAAAUCUUCGUCAAACAUUACUGCAGGGUUGUGAGGUGUCAGCCAAGGAGCUGGAUAGUUUGUUGUCUCUACUUGUUGACAAGAAGAUGAAAAUGGAGCAAAGUGAAGCAGAGACAAACAUGCAGAUUCUGCUUGAUUUCUUGAACUGUCUAAGGAAGAAAAAGCUUGAAGAGCUUACUCAGAUUCAAAAUGAUCUUCAAUAUAUUAAGGAGGACACAACUGCUGUAAAGAAACGUACCAUGGAAUUGUAUACGGCGAAAGAGAGAUGCUCCAUGAAUCUAAGGAUGCUUGUUGAUGAUUUCUCUGCAGAAAAACCCUUGCCUUCAUUGAUUGAUCAAUAUAAUAAUGGCGCAAUAUCUGGUGGUCGCAACUCACAAGGCUGGAUAGGUUCAGCAAGGUCACAGAGCAGGGUUAGUUACCAAGCAAAUUCACCGGGAUUCAGAAGUAAAGAUGCCAAUGGUGGGUCAGAUUCUACAUGCAAUACUGAUUCAGGAUUGACUGUGGCAAGAAAGAGGCGGAUUCAUGCACAGUUUAAUGACCUACAAGAGUGUUACUUGCAAAAGCGGCAGCAUUGGACCAAACAAUUUAAUAAACAGGAAGAUGAAGGUCCAGCAGCAAUGGAUGUAGAUGGUUAUAAUCCUGGUCUUCAGGAUUUUCAGGCAGUGCUAACUACAUUUACACGAUACAGUCGAUUGAGGGUCAUUGCUGAACUUAGGCAUGGUGAUAUUUUCCACUCUGCUAACAUUGUCUCAAGUAUAGAAUUUGAUCGUGAUGAUGAGAUGUUUGCUAUUGCUGGAGUGUCCAGGCGCAUCAAGGUUUUUGAGUUUUCUGCGAUUGUGAAUGAACCAGCAGAUGUGCAUUGUCCUAUUGUUGAAAUGUCUACCAGAUCUAAGCUUAGUUGCUUGAGUUGGAAUAAGUACACAAAAAACCAUAUUGCUAGCUGUGAUUAUGAUGGGAUAGUAACUGUCUGGGACAUUACUACUCGGCAGAGUUUGAUGGAAUAUGAGGAACAUGAAAAGCGAGCUUGGAGUGUUGAUUUUUCACGCACCGAACCUUCAAUGCUUGUCUCUGGCAGUGAUGACUGCAAGGUCAAAGUUUGGUGCACAAAGCAAGAAGCCAGUGUUCUCAACAUCGACAUGAAAGCAAACAUUUGUUCUGUCAAGUACAAUCCUGGAUCCAGUGUUCAUGUAGCGGUUGGUUCUGCUGAUCACCGUGUUCACUAUUAUGACUUGAGAAACAUCAGCAAACCACUUUAUGUGUUUGGUGGGCAUAAGAAAGCUGUUUCAUAUGUGAAAUUCUUGUCUAACCAUGAAUUGGCUUCUGCUUCAACUGACAGCACACUGCGCUUAUGGGAUGUAAAAGAAAAUUUACCACUGCGCACUUUCAAGGGUCACAAAAAUGAGAAGAAUUUCGUUGGCCUCACAGUAAACAGUGAGUUCAUUGCUUGUGGCAGUGAAACAAAUGAAGUAUUUGCAUAUCACAAGGCUAUAUCUAAACCUGCAGCUUCAUAUAAAUUUGGUUCCGACAUGGCUGGUGUCGAUGAGGAAGCCGGAUCUUACUUCAUCAGUGCUGUAUGUUGGAAGAGCGAUAGCCCGACACUACUUGUGGCAAACAGUCAGGGAACAAUAAAAGUGCUCGUGCUUGCGGCUUAAAUGGUGGGGGAAAUGAAAUGGGUUUCUCCUCAAGCGAUGCUUUUUUAAUGCUUGUGAACUUUUCCUUUUUCAAGGAAAAGAGAAAAAGGGGUUUUAACAAGAAAUGCUCCGAUUUAGAUUGCAUUAAUUAGAGUUUAAUAAUAGUAGUUUAUUUAAAUUUAAUUUAUAAAUAUGAAUAGUAAAAACAAAUUAUUGUGUCAAACCGGGUUAAAUUCGAACCCAAGCAUAAUCUUUUUCUAAAGCUAGCUACAGUCAAAUUUAAAAUCAACUUGCUUUAUUCUACCCAA